CUGCCUCCCUGCGAGAUGGGGCCGCUGCUGCCUUCCUCCGGGGACAAUCAGACUAGACAAAUGCAAGAUGCUGUUUCAAAUGUGGAAAAACAUUUUGGUGAAUUGUGCCAAAUAUUUGCUGGAUAUGUACGUAAAACUGCCAGACUACGAGACAAAGCAGAUCUUCUAGUAAAUGAAAUCUAUGCAUAUGCAGCUACAGAGACACCGAACUUAAAAGUUGGACUGAAAAACUUUGCAGAUGAAUUCUCCAGACUUCAAGAUUAUCGCCAGGCAGAGGUUGACAGGCUGGAAGCCAAGGUUGUUGAACCUCUGAAAUGUUAUGGGACCAUAGUGAAACUUAAAAGGGAUGAUCUUAGAGCAACUUUAACAGCAAAGAGCCGAGAAGCCAAGCAAUUAUCUCAACUGGAAAAGACACGUCAGCGGAAUCCAUCAGAUCUACACGUUAUUGCUGAAAAUGAACUGCAGAGAGCAACAAUGGAUGCUACUCGAACAACUCGGCACUUAGAGGAAACCAUUGAUAAUUUUGAGAAACAGAAGAUAAGGGACAUCAAAAACAUAUUUUCUGAAUUUAUAACUAUUGAAAUGUUGUUCCAUGGGAAAGCUUUAGAGAUAUACACUGCUGCCUAUCAAAAUAUCCAAAAUAUUGAUGAAAAUGAAGAUUUGGAGGUUUUUCGGAGCUCACUCUAUCCACCAGACUAUCAGUCUCGCUUAGACAUAGUUCGUGCAAAUUCCAAGUCCCCCUUGCAAAGAACUGGCUCCUCAAAAUCUUCACUGAGAACAGCACAGAUUUCCCACAGAAUGCUAAGAAAAGAUGAAGAAGAGGACGAGGAGGAAGAUGAAGAUGAUGAAGAGGACGAUGAGGAGGAUGAAUUUGAUGCUACUAAGGAAGUACUGAAGUGAGUGAGAAAAAAGCCUAACUGAUGGAUACAGCCUCUGCAAGCUCUGUCAACUAUCCAUCCUUUGCUAUGUUGACAAAUACCAGUUCACUCUUUCCAGACGAAGCAGCCAGCAUCAUUCUCCAUUCUCACCAAGACCCAGAUCUGCUGAGCAUAAUAACAGAGAUCAUUAACUAUACAAGUUUUAAAUAUAAGACACACAUUUAAAUGGCAAUUUCUUUUUUAUUUUAAAAAAAUUGCAAAGCCAGCUAAUGAGAACAGCAAGCUCUUAAACAGGAAUGCCUGCAAACAUAUGAAACCGAAUAAAACCUGAAAGGUUUACACAAAAAUAAACCAAAAAAAAUUAAAAUUUUAUUAAGCUAACCUUAGUAAGAAGUGUCAUUUACUAAUGCAGGUAGCACUGAAAAUAUUCUAUUUGAACCGUUUGUGUGGUCAGUCAACCAGCACUUACGUUUUUAUUUGAUGCAAAGACAUAAGAUUGGAAUUAAUCUAAAAAAAAAAAAACCCAAAGCAUUACAACUCCAUCCUUUUAUACCUUCAUGUAAGACAUUCAAUGUCCUACAGGUAUUUCCAACCAAGAGCUAAACAACUGAACCGGGUAUUAUUUACAACCGUUGAUGGAAACUGUUUUGCAUCUUCCAGUAAUUAAAAUUUAAAAUAACUGUCAAUACUGUCAAACCUAGAAUGUGUUAUUAGAGCAUCUUUUCCUCCUUUACAGCAAACUCAA